AUGGACGUAAUGAGGCCCUUGAUAAAUGAGCAGAACUUUGAUGGGACAUCCGAUGAAGAGCAUGAGGCCGAGCUCCUGCCAGUGCAGAAGCAUUACCAGCUGGACCACCAAGAGGGCAUUUCAUUUGUACAAACUCUUAUGCAUCUUCUUAAGGGAAAUAUUGGAACCGGCUUGUUAGGACUUCCAUUGGCAAUAAAAAAUGCAGGCAUAGUGCUCGGGCCAAUCAGCCUUGUAUUUAUAGGAAUUAUUUCUGUUCACUGUAUGCACAUAUUGGUACGUUGCAGUCACUUUCUGUGUCAGAGGUUUAGGAAGCUGACACUAGGUUACAGUGACACUGUGAGUCUUGCUAUGGAAGGAAGUCCUUGGAGCUAUCUUCAGAAGCAAGCGGCAUGGGGACGGACUGUGGUUGACUUUUUUCUGGUGAUAACACAGUUGGGAUUCUGCAGUGUUUAUAUUGUCUUCUUAGCUGAAAAUGUGAAACAAGUUCACGAAGGAUUCCUGGAGAGUAAAGUGUUUAUUUUGAACAGUACCAAUUCAUCAACUCCGUGUGAGAGAGGAAGCGUUGACCUAAGGAUAUAUAUGCUUUGCCUCCUUCCAUUUAUAAUGCUUUUGGUCUUCAUUCGUGAGCUAAAGAAUCUGUUUGUACUUUCAUUCUUUGCCAAUGUUUCCAUGGCUGUCAGUCUUCUGAUAAUUUAUCAAUAUGUUGUCAGGAACAUGCCAGAUCCCCACAACCUCCCAGUAGUGGCUGGUUGGAAAAAAUACCCACUGUUUUUUGGUACUGCGGUAUUUGCUUUUGAAGGCAUAGGAGUGAGAAUUCUCACAAAUUCUUACAGCUCUUAUUACUACUAUAGACCUCUGAACAUUGGCAUGGGCAUCGUCACAGCCUUAUACGUAACCCUGGCGACUCUGGGGUACAUGUGCUUUCGUGAUGAAAUAAAAGGCAGCAUAACUCUAAACCUUCCCCAGGAUGUGUGGUUGUAUCAAUCAGUGAAAAUUCUGUAUUCCUUUGGCAUUUUUGUGACAUAUUCAAUUCAGUUCUAUGUUCCAGCAGAAAUCAUUAUUCCUGGAGUCACAUCCAGAUUUCAUGCAAAAUGGAAGCAAAUCUGUGAAUUUGGGAUAAGGUCCUUUUUGGUUAGUAUUACUUGUGCUGGAGCAGUUCUCAUUCCUCGCCUGGACAUUGUGAUUUCCUUUGUGGGCGCCGUGAGCAGCAGCACGCUGGCCUUGAUACUGCCGCCUUUGGUGGAAAUUCUGACCUUUUCUAAGGAACACUACAAUAUAUGGAUGAUCCUGAAAAACGUAUCUAUCGCAUUCACUGGAGUCGUUGGCUUCUUACUAGGUACAUAUGUGACUGUUGAAGAAAUUAUUUAUCCUACUCCCAGAAGUGUUCAGGGUAUGCCACAAAGUCCCUCUCUGAAUUGGAAUUCAACAUGCUUACCGUCUGGUUUGACGUAAUGGAAGCAAAGUGAUGAGUCGUUUGUCUCAAUUCUGAACAUGCUUAAAGUGAGAACCAGUAAAAUAUUGCUGCAUACUAAAGACAACCAAAUUCUGUACCUUUGGUACAGUAUUAAUAUUUUGGCAGUAAACUCCUAAUUAUUCAUCAGUACUGGUAAAUUAUGCCAGAUCUUUGGAUUUUAGUAAUAGCAGUAAUGUUUUAAAAAUUAAUUUUGAAAAUUGAAAAAUUAAAUUACAAAAUUAAAGACUAAAAUCUGUCAUUCUUUAUUUCUGUAAUAAGUGCUUUAACCAAGAUUUUCUGCUUUUCCCCAUGCUAGUCUUUUGCCACUCUCUUGACAAGAGACAAGAUUUCAUCAGUAAUGUAAAUAAGGACAUGUUCUCACUACAAAAAUCCCACUCCAGAUUAUCCCAGUGAAUGUCAGAGUAAAUUGUAUAAUGUAAAGUAAAUGAUUUGUUUUCAUUAGAGAGCAAAAUACUUAGGGUAAAGGCCUUGGAAGGAUAGAAAACGCUUCUUAACCAUAAUGUAAACCUCAGAAAAUCACCCAAACUGGAAUAUUUUUACACCAUAUUGUAAUGAUAGUUGUCUUCUACUAAUUAAGAGGCACUGAGCAGGAUUCUCUCUUCUUAUUUGAAUCAACUUUAAGAGGGUCUUCAAAGAUUUCCCAAUGUGGCUUCCUCAUUUUUCAGUGAAGAAAAUGGAGUCCCAGAAAGUUUAAGUAGCUUGGUCAAGACCACUCACCUUUGAGAUCGAGAGAGGGGCCAGGGAGAUAGCUCAGCAGCUUAAGCACCCACCUUGCAAGUACAAGGUCCCAAAUUUGACCUCUGGGACCACCAAAAAAAUAAAUAAGAGAUCUGCUUUUCUGACUCCCCAGCCAGAAUUUCUUUAUUUUUCACAUAACAUACAGGAAGAAGAAUAAAUUGUUUAAUUUUAAUGUUGAGUAAUUUUUUAUAAUGUUGACUAUACUUUGAGGAGGUGGGUGUGUGAUCUUUGGAUAGUAUACACAACGUGACCGUAAAGUGAGGAACACUACAGCUUCAUAAGUCUUAACAAUGACAGAAUCAAGACCACUGCCGGCUGGACGAAUGCGCUAAACUACAUUGUUUAUGGCUUAUGUGCGUCUUACGUUUCUUUCUUCCCUCAUUUUUGAGCCACCAUCUUCCUUAAUGGCAGAAAAUAAAUGUUUGACAAAGCACGGGAUGCAUAGACUCCUUUCUGUCCUGUGGCUUUCCUUAUCAUAGUCUAUUGAUCUGAUGGGGCAGAACCAUAAAAAGCGUGCUUAGGAAGAACGGAAGCAGCAAUAACCUGCAGAGACACUUCCAGACCUCCACCAGGAGCUACCUUCUGCCACUUCAUGUUCUUCAGGACCACUUACUGACCCAAAUAGAGUAUCUCGUUUUAUGGGUAGGGUGAAAAUUUAAAAAUUGAAAAUAGUAUUGUUUCAUGAUUUAAAAAAUUCAUACUAUAAAACAUGGACUUUAUAUCAGCCUAGUAGUACUGUAGUAUGUAGUACUGCAGGAUAUCAAGCUAACAGUAGUGAAUAUAUUCUCUAUUUUUAUAUGUAAAUAUUAACUUAUUCAGAUAUUUUUUGCUUAUUCAUCAUUAAUUAGUCAUCAGAUAUGAUCCUAAAGAUAUAUCAGAAGCUUUAUUUUCAUACAAAUUUUUAAGAAUCAAACUUUUAAAAAAACACAUUAGAUAUUAUCACUAAUUACUUUUGAUAGUUUAUAUCAAAUUUGUUACAUUCAGUCUUCAGUCAUGUUAACAGAAUGUGAAAGAAGAUGCAGGAAAAGUAAUCUUCAUUGAACUACUGUGAUAUAACCUUAAACCCAAGAAGAAAUGAAAUAUUUAAAAAUUCAUAAUGGUAUAAACUGAGUUGAAAAUCAUUAAUACAAAACAGCAUUGUUUUUAUCAGAUGUCUUAACAUUUCUAGUGCAUGCAUACAAUUUUAUUUUUUCUAUUUUAACAUGUUCAUUCCCAUAUAGAAUUAAUCGAAAGGAAUGAAAUUUUGAAUCAUUGAUCAUAGUAAUAAGUAAUUUUGAAAAGCAGCACAGUCCACACCUUGGGCUUAGCAUUUACAGUGCUUACUUUAGAUAUAAGAAGUGCCACAGAGGAGAAAAGAGAUUUGAUUCUCAACAAGAAAUCCUACUUAGGUGCAAAAUGUAAAUAUACUUAUUUAAGGAUGGUUAAUGAAAUGUUUAUCAGUGGAUGUUUUUUCUCUGAAGUUUGGUUUUAGUGAACAAUAACAUUUUCUCAAGAUUUGUAGAGAAGAUACUUUCGUUCUACCAGCUGUUGCUUUUUGUUUUGGGAGCCUGGAGAAGUGAGACUGUUGUACCUGCCAAAUAUUGUAUCUGCUCUUUGGGGGGAUCCAUGCAGUUAGCACUAAGGUGACUUCAGCGUUUAUCUGCUGCUACUGGGAAGAAUUCUCCCCUAAAAGUUAAGCAGUUGACCUGGAGUCAUUUCUGCACCCGAGUCAGCAGAAAGGAAAGCUUUCUUUACCUGUGAUGAGCUCUGUUCCAAGCUAGCUUCUGCAUUCCCUUAGAGCUUCAGUAGAGUCAGAAUAAUCUUGUUGAAGUUCUGGUUUUGAGACUUUUUUAAGUCAGAGGAUCUUUUCCCACGUGACUAGAUUUCUUUACAACUAAAGAAGUUAGAGCUAUCUAUCAAUUUUUCUUGAUUGAAGAUGAUUUUAGAUGGUGCUAUCAAAUAAAAAACUUCUGUAUUAGCAAAUGCCACAUUAUUUUAGUUCUUGUUGCAGAUUAUUUUUACUAAAAUCAUUUUUGACUCUUGUUUACACAGUACACUUACAUUUUUACAAUGGAUUAAUGACAGUAUGAGUUGUAAGGUUCCUAACAGUUUGAUCUUCAGUAUUUUCAUAAUCCUGUUUCAAAGUACUGUGAACUAUCAAUUCAUGUUGUCAGUGCCACUUCUACCUGUGGGAACGUGCCACAGUUGUCAGGACAGUGUCUGGAUUGUAUGCACUUAUUUCCUGACUUUAUAUCCCUAAAAAGUAGGUCUCAUUCUUACUUCUUUUUUAAGGGGAGAAAGGAAUUGCGGGAUAGCUCAGUGGGGGAGCGUUGGCUUAGUGUGCACAAAGCUCUGCCAUCAGUCAUCCAGCACUAAAAGCCAGAAACUGUGCAGCUCAUGGACCCACUAGAUACUACUCCGUUAACAGUACAGUAGUCCAGUGGUCCAGUGAGUAUUAUCUGUUAAAGAGUAAUAUAAUUUGAUAAAAAUAUAGGCCAUUUAUAAUGUAAAAUGUUUUUAAAACGGGUUUACUUUAAUAAUUUGGCUCAACUUUCUCUUAAGAAAAUGUGAAAAAUUGAUAUAAAAUGUGCAAGACAUUUCCUGGCAUUGCGUGGCUGGCUGUAAUAGCUGCUACCUUGCUACUAGCACUUACUAGCCCCAACCUUUUCUGAGACUGCUUGGUUUUGACCUGGGCAACAAAAAUACGUAUUUAAGAAGUAAUUAGAAAUGGUGUCUGUUUCCUGUGAUAAGUAAAGUAAAAAUCACUCAAAUGGUUUAACUUUCCUCUGAAAAUUAGCUGGUUCCUAUUUGCAUGCAUGUGUCCGCCCCACAACAUACACAGUAAGAGUCUGUGAAGUAUAUUCAAAUACUGAUUGACCUCUUAAACUGGAUGCAGGAAAGUCUUGUAUUAAAAGUAUCACUCUAUGGCAUUAUUUUCUUGAUAAUAGGAAAAUAUAUGUUUAUACCAGGAAUAAAGCUACAGAUUUUGUUGUUUUUGAAAUAAUUUUCAGCUGGAAUAAAACUGAAUAUUGUUGCACUUGAGUCAAUUCAUUUGUUUUUAUUUGUGAAAUAAUGUGAAAAAUCUGUCUUAAAUGUACUGUAACUGAAUUUUCAAUAAAAUGUAAUUUGCUUGCA